ACUGUGGAUCUGAGGGGACUGGUGUUCAUUGCGCGGUGUUUUACGCGCCGUUGUGUUUUGGGAUUUGUUUUUGUUUGUUGGUUUGAUCGUUGUUUUUACAUUAUUUUUUGUAAGAAGAAUAUUUUCCUGGAAUUUAUGAGUCCCGUUUCCUCUGUGGAUAUUUGAGAGGUACUUCAUAUUUGAUUCUCCAAGAACUCACCUCCUACACAGGCGCUAUGAUUCUCAGAAGUUCCUGCUGGCUGCCACUGUUAUUUCUGUGCGUUUCUGCGCUUAAUGAAGACGGAGAGCUGGAAGAUGAGACGGUGGUCGACCUCUUUGACGCGAGCCAGAUUACACGCAAGACCCCGGGCACCAAGGUGUUCCGGGGUCCCGACCCCGACGCACCAGCGUACCGGUUCAUCCGCUUCGACCAGGUGCCGCCGGUGGCCGCGCCGGCGCUGAGGCAGAUACUGCGGCAGGUCCAGAACAACGAGGGCUUUGUCUUCCUGGCCACGGUGCGGCAGGACCGCGGCUCCCGCGGCACGCUGCUCAGCCUGGAGGGCCCCGGCGACCGGCGGCAGCUGGACAUCGUGUCCGACGGCCGCGCCAACACGCUGGACCUGGUGUACUGGGCCGACGGCUCGCGCAACGCCCUGUCCUUCGAGGACGUCGAUCUGUCGGAUUCGCAGUGGAAGAACGUGACGCUGGCCUUGCUCGGAGAGAACGCCCUCCUGUACGUGGGCUGCAGCCUGGUGGACAGCUUCAUCCUGGACGAGCCCUUCUACGAGAACCUGCGCGCCGACGGCAGCCAGAUGUUCCUUGCCAAGGGCUCCACCCGCGAGAGCCACUACAGGGGCUUGCUCCAGAACGUGCGCUUCGUCUUCGACACUCCCCUGGAGGAAAUUCUGAAGGGGAGGGGCUGCGAGAUCAUCAAGCCAGAGGAGGCCAACGCGGUGAGCGAGAGUGCGGAGAUGGUCGACGUGGGCUCCUCCAUCGCCACCAACCUGAUUGGUCAGAAGACGACCCCCCCGGGGACGGAGAUGAUGUGUGAGAGGUCCUGUGAGGAGCUCACCAGCCUGUUCCAGGAGCUCAAGGGCCUCCGUGUCGUCGUGGGCAACCUCAUUGACGGCCUGCAGAAAGUGACGGAGGAGAAUAACGCCAUGCGGGAGGCUCUGUCAAAGAUGAAGAACUCCAAGGAGCAGCAGAUGUGCUGGCAGGAUGGCCGCCUGUUUGAGGACAAGGAGGAGUGGAUCGUGGACAGCUGCACCAAGUGCACUUGCCAGGAGGCCAAGGUGGUGUGCCGACAGAUCACCUGUCCUGCGGUGGCCUGCGCCAGCCCCUCCUUCAUCGAUGGCGAGUGCUGCCCGGUCUGCCUCCCGAAGGACAGCGAGGAUGGCUGGUCUCCCUGGUCGGAGUGGACCCAGUGCACGGUCACCUGCGGCACAGGUACGCAGCAGAGGGGACGGUCCUGCGACGACACCAGCAAUCCCUGUACCGGCCCGUCCAUCCAGACCCGCAGGUGCAGCCUGGGAAAAUGCGACAGCCGAGUUCGUCAGGACGGUGGGUGGAGCUUGUGGUCUCCAUGGUCGUCGUGCACUGUGACGUGCGGGGAAGGACAGAUCACCCGAAUCCGUCACUGCAACGCCCCCGUCCCGCAGCGAGGGGGGAAGGACUGCCAGGGCAGCGGCCGGGAGACCCAGCGCUGUGAGGCCGACCCCUGUCCCAUCGACGGCGGCUGGGGUCCCUGGUCUCCGUGGGCGACCUGCUCAGCAACCUGCGGAGGAGGGCUGAUGAGUCGAGCCCGGGUUUGCAACAGUCCGGAACCCCAGCACGGGGGAAGGAAGUGUCUGGGGGAGCCAACCGACAAUGAGGUCUGCAACCGGGUGGACUGCCCUAUUGAUGGCUGUCUCUCGAACCCAUGCUUUGCUGGAGUGGAGUGCACCACCGCCCCCGACGGAGCAUGGGAGUGUGGACCCUGCCCUGUGGGUUACCGUGGCAACGGCACCCACUGUGAAGAUGUGAACGAGUGUGACAUGGUCUCAGACUUGUGCUACAAGGUGGGCGGAGUCCAGCGCUGUAUCAACACUGACCCUGGAUUCCACUGUGAGCCCUGCCCCCCCAGGUACAAGGGCACCCAGCCCUACGGCAUGGGCGUGGAGGCAGCCAAGAAGAACAAACAGGUGUGUGAGCCUCAGAAUCCUUGCAAGGAUAAGACUCACAGCUGUCACAGGUACGCUGAGUGCAUCUACCUGGGCCACUUCAGCGACCCCAUGUACAGGUGCGAAUGCCGGAUCGGCUACGCUGGUGACGGCAUCGUCUGUGGGGAGGACUUCGACCUGGACGGCUGGCCCAAUCAGGACCUGGUGUGCAGCGCCAAUGCCACCUACCACUGCAAGAAGGACAACUGCCCCAAGCUGCCCAACUCUGGGCAGGAAGACUUUGACAAUGAUGGCCAGGGAGACGCCUGUGACAAUGAUGAUGACAACGAUGACAUCGUAGACGAGAGGGACAACUGCCCCCUGCAGUACAACCCACGCCAGUUCGACUACGAUAAGGACGACGUCGGCGACCAGUGCGACAACUGCCCGUACGAGCACAACCCCACGCAGACCGACACAGACGGCAACGGGGAGGGGGAUGCCUGCUCCAUCGACAUCGAUGGAGACGAGAUUUUGAACGAGCGUGACAACUGCCCCUACGUUUACAACACUGACCAGAAAGACACCGACCUGGACGGUGUGGGCGACCAGUGCGACAACUGCCCGCUCGUCCACAACCCAGACCAGGCUGACAAAGAUAACGACCUGGUGGGAGACCAGUGUGACGAUAACCAGGAUAUCGAUGAGGAUGGCCACCAGAACAAUAUGGACAACUGCCCCUACAUCCCCAAUGCCAACCAGGCCGACCACGACAAGGACGGCAAAGGGGACGCCUGCGACCAUGACGAUGACAACGAUGGGAUACCGGACGACCGGGACAACUGCCGGCUCGUCCCGAACACCGACCAGCUGGACUCUGACGGGGACGGUCGGGGCGAUGCCUGCAAGGACGACUUCGACAAUGACAGCAUCCCCGACAUCUUCGACACCUGCCCCGAGAACGAGGCCAUCAGCGUCACUGACUUCCGCAAGUUCCAGAUGGUGCACCUAGACCCCAAGGGGACCACGCAGAUCGACCCCAACUGGGUGGUGCGGAACCAGGGCAAGGAGCUGGUGCAGACAGCCAACUCGGACCCCGGCAUCGCAGUAGGCUUUGACAUAUUCAACGCGGUGGACUUCAGCGGAACCUUCUAUGUGAACACGGACCGGGACGAUGACUAUGCUGGCUUUGUGUUCGGGUACCAGUCCAGCCGCCGCUUCUACGUGGUAAUGUGGAAGCAGAUAACGCAGACCUACUGGGAGGAGAAGCCCUCCAAGGCCUUCGGCAUCUCCGGCGUCUCGCUGAAGGUGGUCAACUCCACCACGGGCACCGGCGAGAACCUGCGCAAUGCCCUGUGGCACACGGGCAACACCAAGCAGCAGGUGCGCACUCUGUGGCACGACCCUAAGAACAUUGGCUGGAAGGACUACACCGCCUACAGGUGGCACCUGAUCCACAGGCCCAAGACCGGCUUCAUCAGGGUGGUGGUUUAUGAGGGGAAGCAGAUCAUGGCCGACUCGGGUCCCAUCUACGACAGGACGUUUGCCGGGGGGAGGUUAGGGCUGUUCGUCUUCUCGCAGGAGCUGGUCUACUUCUCCGACCUCAAAUACCAGUGCAGAGAUAACUGAGGUCCAUUCAUUGUGGAAUUGGUGGCUCUCGGUAAACAGUGCCCCCCAGCACUGAUCCAGGAUCAGAUAUCCCUGCCUUAGUCCUACACCCCCAUCCUCUGCAGCAAAUUCUGAGACUGAUUCAGGGUCAGGAUUUGAGGGCACUGUCCAUCUUCACCAAAAUGGUGCAGCACUUUUCAGAAUCAGCCACUCCUUUACCUGUUACUUCCUGGUUUUUCACUCCCCCACUUCUGCUGCCUCAACCAAUGAAAUGGAGCGCCUCCUUCACACAGCUCCCAGGGCAAAACCCUGCUUUCCAUGCCAGCUCAAGGGGAGGGGCCCUGUAACUCAAAGGACAGAAGUGAGGCCUUUUGCAGCUGUGCUCAGCACAUACCCAGAACUUAAAGUAAGUUCACAAAACUUAUUGUUGUUUUUUUGUUUGUUUGUUUUAAAAAGAAUGUGCUACACAUAUGCGCU